AGAGAGAGAGAGAGAGAGAGAGAGAGAUGAUUAUGAUGACGUAUCAGGAUCAUGAUGAUAGGCUAUUGACAUAGGAGCUGUGUUGUCUGAGAAUGGGACCGUGAGAAAAGAAAAAAGAAGGGGUGAGUUACGGAGUCCCGGCAGUUCACAAGACCGCAGAAGCCACAGGGAGGGAGAAUAACGGGGAGAGCAGAAGAGCGAUGGGAGGCGGAGGGAAACAGACGCAGCAGGAAUCGAGCUGUGGGCGAGGAGGCGGCGUUUUCACCUGGGAAGAGGUGCAGCGGCAUUCCCACAAGGGGGACCAGUGGUUGGUAAUCGACAGAAAGGUGUACAACAUCACCGACUGGGUGAAAAGACAUCCAGGCGGCGUCCGGGUCAUCAGCCACUAUGCCGGGGAGGACGCCACGGAUGCUUUUGCUGCAUUCCAUCCAGAGCCUGACUUUGUGCGCAAGUUUCUGAAGCCACUGCUGAUUGGUGAGCUUGCAACCUCUGAGCCCAACCAGGACCGGGACAAAAAUUCUGUGUUGACACAGGCUUUCCGCGAACUGCGCGAGGAGGUAGAGAGGGAGGGCCUCUUCAGGACUCAGCCGCUGUUCUUUUGCCUCCACCUGGGGCAUAUUCUUCUCCUGGAGGCCCUGGCUUACUUGCUGAUUUGGGUGUAUGGAACAGGCUGGCUCCAGACCCUGCUGUGUGCAGUAAUAAUGGCCACCUCACAGGCUCAGGCCGGAUGGCUCCAGCAUGACUUCGGCCACCUUUCCGUCUUCAAAAAGUCCCGCUGGAACCACCUGCUGCACAAGUUUGUCAUCGGACACCUUAAGGGUGCUUCGGCUAACUGGUGGAACCAUCGGCAUUUCCAGCACCAUGCAAAACCCAACAUCUUCAGCAAAGACCCUGAUGUCAACAUGCUCCACACCUUUGUGCUGGGAAAGACCCAGCCAGUGGAGUAUGGAAUAAAGAAGAUCAAGUACAUGCCUUACAACCACCAGCACCAGUACUUCUUCCUCAGUGAGUCUCAAAUUCAAACACAAGUCCAAAUGCAAAUCUCCUCUCAAGUUUCCACCAUCUGUGUCCCUGUCCAGGACCUCGUCUGGUCAAUGAGCUACUACCUGCGCUACUUCACCUGCUACACGCCCUUUUAUGGAGUCUUUGGGGCAGUGGCGCUCAUCAGCUUCGUUAGGUUUCUGGAGAGCCACUGGUUUGUGUGGGUGACCCAAAUGAACCACAUUCCCAUGGAAAUUGACCACGAGAAGCACGAGGAUUGGCUGACCAUGCAGCUGAAGGCCACCUGCAACAUUGAGCAGUCACUCUUCAACGACUGGUUCAGCGGACACCUCAACUUCCAGAUCGAACACCAUCUGUUUCCCACAAUGCCCCGGCACAACUACUGCCGCGUGGCGCCUCUGGUGCGCAAGGUUUGUGAGAAGCAUGGCGUCACCUACCAGGAGAAGUCCCUGUGGAGCGGCUUCAGAGACGUGGUCAGCUCUCUACGGGAGUCUGGAGAUCUGUGGCUGGAUGCUUACCUGCACAAGUAGCCUCAAGCCUGCCUCCUGGUGGCCAUGUGUGCACCUCUCUUCUUCUAUGACAAUUUUAAGAUUCAGCUCUAUCCAAUCAUCACCUGCUCCUUCCCGUUUCCUCCAAUCGCAUUGAAGCAUUCAUGUGACAGCUAAAAACAGCUAAAUUAAAUGUGUCGUGUCAGAUGUGCAACACAAGUCGCCCGGUUUGGCCUAUGGCAAAGCUAGACAUUCCAGAAGUGGGUCUUAUAGAGACCACCUUAAUAGAAGCAGUUUACACAUUUUAUACCAGGGCUACCUUAAAACACCCACCGUCUUUUAAAAAUCAUUGUCGAGUAAAAAUGAUCACACUAAUGUUAGCACAUCUGCUAAAUUACGCAAUUCAUAGAAUUGGUCUGCCUAUAUGUGUGAAAACAGCAGCAUAGCUAUGAAAAUUAGCCGUCGAUGAAAACCGCAGAAUUUCAAGAAUACCUUUUUAAAGUUUUACCUGUUCGAAACACUUGGUGAUUUUAAAACACUGCGCUAGUUAUAUGGUCUGCAGACUAGCCAGUCAAUUCUCUUUUCUCAGUUUGCAUCUGUUGUUUUAUGUAAAGCAGCGAAAUCAUGCUAUAAUUCCCAUCUGUCACAGAGUUUAAGGGUAAACCAGUGAGGUAAUCUGAGUUAUAUUUGAUCCAGAUUUACAAGCUAGGCAAGCAGAUUGAUUCCAUAGAGUGAGACACACCCAGCAUCAAAGAAGAUAAAACUGAUUUCUCCGUUUUACAAUUUUACCGCAUGCUCGUAUUAAGGCUGCCUCCUGCUCAAAGAAGCUGGCUCUCAGAUCUGAUAAAAGAGAGUAUCUGUUAAAUAAAUAGCAUUUAACAAUAUUUGCAAAACAUUUUUAAAAAUUGUUUAAGAUUUAUGCUCACAGUAACGGAAUAGACAAUCAAGUUUUUACAGACUAUAAGUGUUUAUAGCCUACCUCUACUCUAUUAAUGCACUUGUCAUUACAACUGAAUUUUGUGUGUGUUUCUGGGCAUUGAUUUUUGAAAUUUUGGAGUGUAACAAGGCUAUUUUCCUGGAUGUUUUUUUUUUCCCAACGGUGUGCAUAAUAAAUAACAUUUUGGUUUUCAACAA